UCUGAUUGGGAAACACCCCGAUGGACAAUGUGAAUGUGGAGAGACAGAGACUGUGACACAUGUAAUGUUACACUGCAAGAGAUACUCAUCUCAAAGGAGGAAACUUUUCAGGAAUCUGGGUGCAGCUGGAGAGACUGUUUUCAGCAUGCACACACUGCUGAAUCUGGAAGACUGGAACAAUAUGAAGAAGCUUCUGCAGUAUCUGCACUCCAUUGGAGUAUACAACAGAAUAUGAUUGAGUAUUAACAGAAAUCGCAUGGAACAGUAGAGGGCAGCAAUACGCCUUGGAUGCGUCUAGUCUGCCAAAACCAAAGAAGAAGAAGAAGAAGAAGUAGUAGACGUCUCUGCUGUCUUGUUUCAAACAUCCGUAGAAGAAGAAAAAGUGAAGCCGCGGUGCAUUGUUGGGAGAAGAAAUGAACCGUAAUGGCGGCGAAAAUCCAAUCUGGUCUCCUGAUUUUGGCGAGUUUGCUGUCAGUCCUUCUCUGCCGGACUUUCUCGGAGGAUUUCCAGUGGGAUGAGAGCGGAUACGUCCUCUACUGUCCCUGCAUGGGUCGCUUCGGGAACCAGGCAGACCACUUCCUGGGAUCCCUGGCCUUCGCUAAGAUGCUGAACCGGACACUGGCGGUCCCUCCCUGGAUUGUGUACCGCCACCACACGCCGCCAUACACCAAUAUCCACGUCCCGUACCGAGAGUUCUUCCAGCUGGAGCCGCUGUCUGCGUACCACCGUGUGGUCAGUCUGGAGGACUUCAUGGAGAAACUGGCGCCCAAACACUGGCCCGUAGGACAGAGGAGAGCGUACUGCUACGAGACGGCGGCUCAGAGGAGCGCUGACAAGAAGUCCUGUCCUAUGAAGGAUGGGAACCCGUUCGGGCCGUUCUGGGACUACGUGGGCGUGGACUUUGACUCGUCUGUCCUGUUUGGUGGGAUUUCUUUCAACGCAUACCACCAGACUCAGUGGAUGAAAAAGUUCCCUCCCUCUGAACACCCCGUCCUGGCCAUGCCGGGUGCCCCGGCUCAGUUCCCGGUGGCGGAGGAUCACGUGGGCCUGCAGCGGUACGUGGUGUGGUCGGAUAAGAUGGUGGCAGAGGGGGAGGAGCUUAUCUCUACACUGCUGAUCAGACCGUACGUAAGCAUCCACCUGAGGAUCGGCAUCGACUGGCAAAACGCCUGUAAGAUGUUGAAGAGCGGCGACACGGGUCCUCACUUCAUGGCGUCUCCUCAGUGCGUGGGCUACAACAGGCAGGCCGCCCUUCCUCUCACUAUGAACAUGUGCCUCCCUGACCUGGCGGAGAUCCGCAGAGCCGUGAAGCUGUGGGUGAAGAAGACGUCGGCGCGCUCCGUCUACAUUGCCACGGACUCUGAGUCUCACAGCAAGGACUUGGAGAAGCUCUUCAAGGGCAAGGUGAAGGUGGUUUCUCUACAGCCCGACUCGGCUCAGAUGGAUCUCUACAUCCUAGGGCGAGCUGACCACUUCAUCGGGAACUGCGUCUCCUCGUUUUCUGCCUUCGUGAAGAGACAGCGGGACGUCCAUGGCCUCCCGUCCUCCUUCUUUGGCAUGGAUAACCCUGGCAAGGUCAACCCCAAAGAAGAACUGUGAGCCGGGGAAUCCAAAGGUGGUCCUCGGGGCGACUGACUGUUUUACACUGACUGCUGAUCUGUGAGAAGGACCAAGGGCUGAUGGGAUUGGAUGUAAUGCCUCUGGGGUGAAAUAUACUUGAAAUGUUUGGAUAUGGACUCUGGAUACCACAGAACAUCCAUGUUCAGAAAUCAGAUACCACAGAACAUCCAUGUUCAUGUUCAGAUACCACAGAACAUCCAUGUUCAUGUUCAGAUACCACAGAACAUCCAUGUUCAUGUUCAGAUAC